ACGGCCCCGAAGCGCGAGGCGAGCGCGAGCAGCGCACAACAUUCCGCACUGCGAAGUGUCUUUAUGCAUCGUGAGCGCUCGUGUGGUUUUAUUAAAAACAUCUACAAGAGCGUCGUUCUUCUGAGAGGAUAUAGCGUGCGGCCCCUUUAAACUGGUGGCAGGUUGUAUAUUCCAGUAGAAAAGCGCCGUUUUUAAUGUCUUCCUGACGUCAUUAAACUUUUUUAUUAGCUAGAGUAAAGCCAGGAGUGAGCGCGCGCCGACUGCUAGUAGCUGGGCGCAGCUGGCGCGGAACUACAAAAGGAAUCACCACUUGCACCGUGAAGCAUGUCAUCACCCCGCCUCUGAACCCCGUAUAUGUGGAAAACUCUGGCCCGCCUUCUUAGCUGGAAAGGAGCACGGAUGAAAUGGUGGACCCUCCCCAGAUCAUCUCAGCCUCUUCACAAUGAACAAAGCCUUCGGCAGGAAGAGGGAUAAACCCAGCAUGCAUAACCCCGAAGUCCUCGUCCAGCACCACGUGACCUACAGCGCUAAGUUUUUGGGAAUCACAGAGGUCGACCAACCAAAAGGCACAGAUGUUGUUCGCAUAGCUGUAAGAAAACUGAAGUUCCAAAGCCACAUUAGAAAGUCAGAGGGGGAAAAAAUUCCCAAAGUUGAGUUACAAAUCUCUAUAUAUGGAGUGAAAAUACUGGAUCCAAAAACAAAGGAUAUCCUGCACAACAGCCAGCUACACCGAAUGUCGUUCUGCGCUGACGACAAAACCGACGAGCGAAUCUUCGCAUACAUCUGCACGGAGCUCAACACCAAAAAGCACCUGUGCUACGUGUUCGACAGUGAGAAAUGCGCGGAGGAGAUCACGGUCGCUAUCGGGCAGGCGUUUGACCUGGCAUAUACAAAGUUCCUGGAGUCUGGAGGGAAGGACGUGGAAACGAGACAACAGAUAGGCAACUUCCAGAAGCGGAUUCAGGACUUGGAAAUGGAAAACUCAAAGCUCAAAAAGCAACUUCAGGAACUGGAAGAUCAACUGUUGAGCACCCAGGCAUCACCAGCCGGGAGCAUCCCAGCGAGAGUGCCCUCUACAGACAUAUUUGACAUGGUGCCAUUCACGCCCACGUCUCCUGUGUCAAGGAUACCGAUCUGUAAUGUGACUCUGCCUCUUCCCUUGCUGUCCCCCAAAAACAGAGGUGUGGAUCUGUUUGGCGCGGAGCCCUUUGACCCGUUCAUCUGCGGCUUCGCUGACUACACACCUGACAUCCAGUCCAAGCUGGACGAGAUACAGGAAGGGUUCCAGAUGGGUCUGACUUUGGAGGGCACCAUAUUUUCCACGGAUCAAGCAGACAGAUACUGAUGUCCAAGACCAUGUCUGUGUGGACAUCUAAACUUCUAACAACGUUGGAGAGCUUCUAUUUACAUUUGACAAAGCCAUGGGACAGGUUGUUUCUAUUUUUAUACUGUAUAUAAUCAGACUACAGAGAUUUUCCAUAUAAUUUUACUGAUGAUCAUUGUUUGUAUUAUCUGAAUGUUACAGUUAAGGAAUUGUUGAGACUCAUACCAAGACUUAGAACUGAAUUCACUGAAAGUACUGUUUCCAGCGUACAAGCCCACACAUGCUUUUGGCUUCAGGGGUGAUUGCCAGAAAACUGGGUUCCAGCUUCUUGAGAAGUCCUGGAAACUAUAAAGGGUUGCCCUGGAAACUGCUAGGGGUUGCCCUGGAAACUACCAGGGCUUGUAACAGUGGGAAGCUCCACAAGAUUUUAGUGUUAAUUUUUAGAUGGAUUUUUCUCUUUUUCACAGAGACAUUUGCAUUUUCUCUCAUACUACUACUGACGUGUGCGCAUACAGUAAUUAGUGCAGAUGUCUUUUUGCUUUAUAAUGUGUUCAAUAUUAUAUUCAGUAAAUACUCACUGAUCAUUAAAUAUUUUUAUCUUUACCAAAGAUAUUCACUUUUAAAGUGUUUUAAAAAAAAUAUAUUGCUACACUUGAUAGUUUUCAAUAAGUAUUGAUUUGCGUUGUAUUUGAUAUGCCAUGUAUUAAAUUUGCUUUUAAUAUUCUUAAGCCAUCUGGAUCCUGAUAUGAAGAUUAAUAUAUUCUGAUGGAAAAACAAAAAUAGUGAUGUCAUGAUAAGCAUGUGUAUAUAAAAGAUUAUAUCACAAAUUAAUACAAUCAUUCUUUAAUGAAA